AUGGCAGGACAAUCGACUGACAUCGAUACGUCAGACUGGACCGUUAUAUAUCCAACUUAUCUCGACAAAAACGCGACCACAACCCGGGGGAGGAGAGUUAGUCUCUCUUUAGCUGUACCAAAGCCAACCGUAGAAGAAAUUAAGCUCGUAUGCGAGAGAUUAAAUGUCAAACACGUCGUAGAACCGGGAAAAUGUUAUCCUAGGGAUUGGUUAGUGCCCGGACGCGUUAGAGUGCUCUUAAAAGACCCUGACUCUGGAGAAAAGACUCGGUCAAAAAAACAGCUACUCAACGAAAUCGCAUCACUAAUUUCGCAGCUCAAAACCAGGCAACAACCAAAAGAAACACCAAGCACAUCCGCCACAAAGAAAAAGGCUGGAAAAAAGAAACGCUGA